AACUCUUAUGGUGCUGUUCCUCAAGGUGCUCAGCAGAUUCCUGUUAGCCAGAUGAGUGUGAUUCCGAAUGUAAUGGUGAACAAAAGCCCUACGCAGUCAUUUGUUGUGGACAAUGGAAACACCAUGCUUUUUGUUGGAGAGUUACACUGGUGGACGACGGAUGCAGAGAUUGAGAGUAUUCUUUCACAGUAUGGAAGAGUCAAAGAGAUCAAGUUUUUCGAUGAGAGAGUUAGUGGCAAAUCUAAAGGGUAUUGUCAGGUUGAGUUUUAUGAUUCAGCUGCUGCAGCCGCUUGCAAAGAAGGAAUGAAUGGUUAUAUUUUCAACGGUAAAGCAUGUGUUGUUGCCUUUGCUUCUCCUGAGACACUGAAGCAGAUGGGAGCUAAUUUCACUGGGAGGAACCAGGGACAAAACCAAAUUCAAAACAGAAGGCCUAUGAAUGAAGGAAUGGGAAGA